AUGUCCGCAAGAUUUUUUGCCCAAACUGAUGAAACCAAUCCCCGUGGGAUCCCGGCGUCCCCAUUCCUUUCCAAGAUCGAGGACUUUGUCACGAGAGACGCAGACUUCGAAGACCUUAUGAACAAGUUCCAGGAGCGUAUUCAGCAGUACAAGUAUAUGGAAACAUCCAAGCAAAGCUCUAAAGCCGGGCUCAACGCAAAGAUUCCCGAUAUCACCAAGUCGCUUAGCAUGGUAAAGCACUUGCAGGCGCUGCAAGAUUCCGACGACGUCAUUGAGUGUAACUACGAGUUGAAUGACACCUUAUACACCAAGGCUGAGAUCGCCCCGAAGGAGGCACAGUCUGUGUUUUUGUGGCUUGGCGCCGAUGUCAUGUUAGAGUACCCGUUGGAGGAGGCGCACGAGUUGUUGGCCGAGAAGUUGGCUGCCGCCGAGUCCCAGUUGGCGGUCGUGGGCGAAGAUUUGGAGUUUUUGAGAGAAAACAUAACCACCAUGGAGGUCAAUACCGCGCGGUUGUACAACUGGGACGUGGUCAGAAGAAGAGAGUUAAGAGAGGCCGAGGAGAAGGCCAAGAACUUGAAGAUCUAA